ACAGACCUGCUCAAAAGAGAACACAGCAAAAGACUGGAAUAUGAAUGAAAAAGAAUUACAGUUUGACAAACUUGGGCAAAAAAAAAAGUUCCUAUUUUCUAAGCUACGUUUAAAACAUUGGAUUCAUUGUGUGUGUUUGGCAUUUAGAUGGUCACAUUUGCUAUAUAAUCAAGGAAGAAAACUGGCAAGACUCUAGUAUUUUUGUACAAUCAAUAUAAAAACCUAAAGUUGGAAGUUGAAAGUGUGGAAAUGGGAACAAUUCCCAUUAAAAACAGCCUACUACUGGGGGGGAAAAAAUGCAGUAAAACUACUAUAAUGACAAUAUAUUGACUCUAACACAAAGACGGGAUGAGGAAACUUCAUAAACCUUCUAUCGGGGUUCCAUUAGAUUCCAUAAAUAAUUAUUUCUUCAUUAUAUAAAUAGUCUGUAUAAAGCGGCAUAGACCAGCUGAGUUUAAGCAACAAGUGCGCUUUGGCCCCGCCCCUGCACUAGAUGGCUUUAUGUAAAUUAGAUGAGGGUAGGACCCCGCGCUCUGAUUGGUCCCGAGUGGAAUACAAUUUUCCCUAAAACCACGAGCGGGUAGAGACUGUUUUUGUCAUGCCUCCGGUUAUUAUUCACAGAGUCGAUCGCUGUUCAACAGGUGGCUUAGUAGAGUUUGUAGUAUCGCAGUCGUGAUUUAGUUAUUCUCUCUUUCUAUCUACGCUAAAAAUAUCCCACUGCUAGCCUUAACUAAUCAAAGCGUCGGAAUGGUAAACUUUUUAUGACACGUGGAACUUUUUUGUUUGUUUGUUUGUUUUAGACUUUAGAGGUUUUUGUUUGUUUUGGUGUUUUAUUUGGUCGGGUAAACUCGCCUAGUGUGUUUAGCAUGCGGCAAUAAGCUGCACCUGCGCCUUAUUAUUUUGCCUUGAGUUUAUUUCGGCUGAUACUUUUUCGAUUCAAACAAGCUUCCGUGGAAGAUCACCAUGAUGUACAGCAUGAUGGAACACGAACUUAAGACCCAGCCGGGUCAACAAAAUUCUCACCCGAACAGCCAAAUCAUGUCGCAACACGGCGGCUCCGGAAACGUGCCACAGGCGGCUCCGAAAAGCGCGUGCCCGCCCGGAGUAGACCCCAUGGACAAAGUGAAGCGGCCCAUGAACGCGUUUAUGGUGUGGUCCCGAGCUCAGAGGCGCAAGAUGGCCCAGGAGAACCCAAAGAUGCACAACUCGGAAAUCAGCAAGCGCCUGGGCGCCGAGUGGAAACUGCUGACCGACGCUGAGAAGCGGCCGUUCAUCGAUGAGGCCAAGCGGCUGCGCGCCGCGCACAUGAAGGAGUACCCCGAUUACAAGUACAAGCCUCGGCGCAAGAGCAAGCCGCCGAUGAAGAAGGACAACUCUGCGGCGAAGUAUCCUCCGCUCCCCGGCGGUAGCCUGCUGGCCGCGGCGCAUGCGCAGAGUGGGAGUCCACGUGUGGACAGCUACGGCUGGGCUCCGACUGGAAGCUACGCGGCGGUACAGGGUGACGCUCUCGCUUACCAACAGCAACUGCACCGGUAUGAGCUUCCGCUCCAGUACGCAGCGCCCAUGUCGCAGUCCUACAUGAAUGGCGCCAACUCCUACAGCCCAAUGUCAUACAGCAGCAGUCCCCAGCAGCCCAGCCCUGUAAUGUCUAUGGUCAAGCCAGAGGCCUUCACUCACUCGCCCACUGGAGCAACAAACCACCACCGUGGAGCAGUUCAAGGUGACCUUAGGGACAUGAUCAGCAUGUACAUCCCUGGAGGUGAUGUAGGGGACCCUACAGCACAGAGGGGCUACCCAAGUGUCCAGCAGCACUAUCUGGGCAGUACUGUGCCCCUUACACACAUCUGA